AGCAAUGAUUAGUAAAUUCACGAAACCGAGCGAUUUUGAAGAAUAUGAUACAAACAAAGAUCGCAUAGUUACCAAGCCUGAAUUUGUUCGAGCGAUGUAUAAGCGAUAUCUUCGAAAUCCGGAUGAUAUUGAGUCAGCUUUAAAGACGUUUGACACUGACAAUUCUGGUUAUCUCAACAAAGAAGAACUAACCGCGGCAAUGAAAAAGAUGUGUAUGGAUCACAGUAGUGAAAAUAUUCAAAAAAUCAUAACAUCUGUCAGCAAAGAUGAUCAAAUUGAUUACAAAGACUUUGUGAAGGCUGCUAUGAAAUUGUGAAGGCUGCUAUGAAUUGUGAAGGAUGCUAUGAAUUGUGAAGGCUGCUAUGAAAUUGUGAAGGCUACUUAUUUUGAGAGAUAAAAUAAAAGCAAUGUAAACAAUUACUGCUGUUUAA